UCGAACCCUCCGCUGCUCCGGGUCCAGGUCUGACCCGGUCUGUCCAGGUCGGUUCUGUCUGUCCCGGUCUGUCCCGUGUCUGCCCCGGGUCCAGGUCCUGUCUGUUCCGGUUCUGUCCCGGUCUGUCCUUUCUGUCCCGGUUCUGUCCCGGUCCUGUCCCGGUCUGUCCCGACAUGUCCCGGCUGGACGCGCUGCGGCGGCUGGUGGACCAGCGUCUCUCCGCGGUCACGGAGGACAUCUUCCGGUGUCUGUCCGGGACGAUCCGCGGGUACGAGCACGACGUGUUCCGGUUGAAGCAGGAGGUCGAGAGACAGCGGAAGCUGCUGGAGACCCGGGGACGACCGGGGGACACACCGGGGGACACACCGGGGGACACACCCGCAGGGGUUCUGCUGGUUUCCACCACAGAAGAAGAGCAGCCGACGAGGAGGCGGAGCUUCAAUCUGCACAUUGAACAGGAGGGCGGGGCCUCAGGACCUGAAGACCGCUACAUCAAGUUCACACCGAGUCCUGAUUGGCUUAGGGAGAGUCAUCUCUCCAAUCAGAUUCAGUCUUACCGGGAGGGGGCGGGGCCUCAACCUACUGAAGAGCUUCCUGAGGCUUUCACUGUCAAACAGGAAGUGGAUGAGGGUCACGUGACGCUGGAGGAGUUCAACCCCCAGCAGGAAGGUUUUCUGCUCAUUUCCACCACAGAGGAAGAGCAGCAGCCGAGGGGGCGGAGCUCCAGUCUGCACAUCAAAGAGGAGGGGGGUGGAGCUUCAGGUUCGGAGGAGCUCACAUCGAGUCCUGAUUGGCUGAUGGGAAGCUACGAUGACAAGGGAAGUUCUUCGUCCACUCAGAUCUCGUCCCACAGACAGAGGGAGUUUCUCUGGAGCCGGUCAGACCUCAUGAGACCAGAACCCGGGAGUCCACCUCCACGCCAUCACAGGGACUCUGCCGUCCAGUCGCCUGCUGAAGACAGCGGAGACGCUGCGUCUGAGCCGGACCUCCAGAGACCUCCGGAGGCUCCUGAGGACCACAGGCUGCUGGUCUGCGGCAGCUGUGGUCGAGAGUUCAGCUCCAGAAGAACUCUGAGGAAACACGUGAGACAGAACACGGCUGAGGACCAGGACCAGAUGAUCUGCAGCCUGCGCAGACCCAGGGUUCCCUUCCAGACUCCGGCCAAGGCCUUCAGCUGCCGGGUCUGUGGGAACUGCUUCUACACCCGGGGGAUUCUGGUGCGGCACGCCGAGAACCACUGCAAGGAACCCGAGAACCGCUGUGGGGCCUGCGGGGACUGCCUGGGUUCCACGGAGAAUCUCAGAGACCACCUGCGGUCCCACAAGGAGCUGGGCAGCACCUGCGACGUGUGUGGGAAGAAGUGCAGCUCCAUCAGGAGGAUGGAGAUCCACAAGCGGGUCCACACCGGAGAGAAGCCGUACCGCUGCAGGUUCUGCAGCCGGGACUUCAGCAGGAAGGAGAGUCUGGAGAGACACCUGAAGAUCCACACCGGGGACCGGCCGCACCGCUGUGGCCUCUGCAGGAGGACCUUCACCAGGAGGGAGUACCUGGUCCAGCACCUGAAGACCGGCCACCCGGAGAGAGCAGGUCCACCAGCAGGGCCCGAGUGGGCGGAGCAGAUCAGCCUGAUGCUGUGAAGCUGGACCAGAACCUGACGUAGAAACGAGAAAUCCAGCGACUGAUGUUUGUAACUGUUCGAGUCGAGCAUCUGAAAACUGAACGGCUUUGAUAAUAAAUUCAUUUGAUUCAUUAAA